AUGUCAACUUCCAUUCCGAAAGAGAUUCAAGAUGCUUUGGAUAUAAUCACUUAUGUUGGAGUUGGCAUAUCGAUGGGUAGCUUAGUCAUUUGUCUCAUCAUUGAGGCUUGUGUAUGGAAGGCCAUGACCAGAAACAACACCUCUUACAUGCGCCAUGUCUCCAUUGUGAACAUCGCUGUGUCACUCCUGAUUGCCGACAUUUGGUUCAUUAUUGGUGCAUCAAUAUCAAAAAAUACCCUUGAAAACCCAGGCGAAGACACCACAACACCUAUACCGGCAUGUACUGCAGCUACGUUUUUCAUUCACUUUUUCUACCUUGCUCUGUUCUUUUGGAUGCUGAUCUCAGGCCUUCUCCUUUUCUACCGGACCAUCUUGGUUUUCUCCCAUAUGUCAAAAUCAACUAUGCUGGCUAUUGGCUUCUCAGUAGGCUAUGGGGCACCUCUUAUCAUUGCUGUUGUUACUGUGGCAGCAACAGCUCCUAGUGGUGGAUACAUCAAGAAAAACCAGGCAUGUUGGCUCAACUGGGACCAGACAAAUGCUCUCCUUGCUUUUGUGAUCCCUGCCCUGACCAUAGUGGUCAUCAACUUUUUGAUCCUGAUUGUGGUUCUGUACAAAAUGCUGAGGAGAGGGGUGGGGGAUGCUACCCAGCCAGAUGAGAGAAAUGCUGUUGUGGUCAUUGCCAGGUGUCUGGCAAUUCUGACUCCAUUCUUUGGCCUUACCUGGGGACUGGGAGUAGGAACCAUGGUUGAUCCAACAAAUAAGGGAAUCCAUGUUGUAUUUGCCCUCUUCAAUUCACUACAGGGUUUCUUUGUUUUGGUGUUUGGAACACUUUUAGACGGCAAGAUCCGGUCAGCUAUAGUAGGAACGUUCUCUUCCAUCCUCUCAGGCUCUGACCGUACGAGGAGUACCAGUGGUGGCGCGGCAACAUCAUCAACCAGUGCAUUAAACUUCAUCCGAAGAAGGAUAAGGAGGAAUGUCUACAAUGUUUCAGAAGUUGCAAAUUCUUCCAACAGCACUGGUGCUACAGAGUCUUUCAUCAACACCUAAAAGUACCCAAUGGUCAUACUUGAGUUAAAGUAUAGAUACCUUAAUAUGAAGUUACUCAAGUAAAAGUCACUCAGUGAAAAACAAUUUGAGUAAAUUGAUUUGUUUUUAAAUAUAUCAAAAGUAAAUGUAAUUGAUAAAAAAUACUUACGUAAGUAUCAAAAGUAAAAGUAUAAAUAAUUUAAAAUUCUUUCUUUUAAGCAAAGCAGAUGGCACCAUUUUAUUGUUUUUAAAAUGUAUGUUUAGCCAAGAAUUAUAGCCUUUGACCUGGACCUGCCAUAAAACAUGGCUUGGUCCAACACACAAUGAA